UACGUUUUUCUAAUUCUUCCUUACUGAACGGAACAGUCAGAAGUUUUAAGCAAUCUUUUGUUUUCUAAUGGUUUAAAGGACCUUAUACCGCCAGAUAUUGUGGAUUUUUAUCGUGUUCUCAGCACAUCCUGGUGCCCAUCCGCACCAACAAUUCGAUAUCGCCGGAAAAAGUCCAAUAACAAAAACAAAACAAAGGAGAGAACUACGUAGAAGGGGAACGAAAACAAUGUCGGAAACAUACGAUUACCUGUUCAAAUUCCUGAUAAUUGGCAGCGCAGGCAGUGGAAAAAGUUGUCUGUUGCAUCACUUUAUUGAGAGCAAGUUUAAAGACGAUAGUUCGCACACCAUUGGAGUGGAGUUUGGUUCGCGUAUUGUGAACGUUGGCGGCAAAUCAGUGAAGCUGCAGAUAUGGGAUACGGCCGGACAAGAGAGAUUCCGCUCAGUGACGAGAUCUUAUUAUCGAGGUGCUGCUGGAGCUCUCUUAGUCUACGACGCUACGUCUCGGGACUCCUUCAAUGCCCUGACUAACUGGCUAAAUGAUGCCCGGACCCUCGCAAGCCCAAAUAUUGUUAUCCUCUUGGUGGGCAACAAAAAGGACUUAGAGGAGGCACGUGAUGUUACUUUCCUAGAGGCUAGCACCUUUGCCCAGGAAAACGAGCUAAUCUUUUUGGAGACGAGCGCGAAGACGGGCGAGAACGUUGAGGAGGCUUUCCUAAAGUGCUCAAAAACCAUCUUGGCCAAAAUUGAGACCGGAGAGCUGGAUCCCGAGCGCAUUGGCAGUGGUAUACAGUACGGCGGAGCAGCCCUGCGCAAUUUGCAGACACGACAACGCAGCAUCAACAAACCGGAUUGCACCUGUCGCGUUUAAACCGCACUAUUUGUGCACCUUGGAUAAGCGAGCAAAAAUAAUCUCUAUUUUAUCUCAACCCGGAAUGCACACUCGCAUUCCUUUUAAUUGUAUCGUCUACUUGUGUGUGUCCACUUUGUUUUAGUUAGUAUGUUGUCUUGCUAGAUUAAUCAUUCCAAAUGUAAGCAUAAUGCUCUUCGGUUCUUUUUAACAUAAUCUUAACCUUUUUAAUUGCCCAUGAUUUCGGGUUUAUCCCAAAUGUUACUUACUAUGAUUGGUAUUUCGUGAAGCACUAAAAGCCCUCGAACAACGAAAAAUAAAAGAAUAGGCACACGGAUCAGAUUCGGAGGGUAAGAAAAAUGCACUCAGCAUUUUUAUUGUAAAUAAGUGGCGUUCCGUCGUUGACGACGUCGCCGAUUGUAAAUCUAACUCAAACAUGCACGCGAUAAAUAAAAACGCAUAAACAAAAUAA